CAUGAGUUAGGCUGCCGAGGGGAGGGCCCCCUCCCCGUCCCCGCACGGCGGGAGCAGCACCGCCCCGCACGGAGCCGGCGGCUCGGGGCACGCCACAGGCGCACGCACAGCCAGGCAGGCGGCGGGGGCGGGCCGGCCGGCCGGCGUGGGGGGGCCCGGCAGAUGAAGAUGGCAAUGUCUGUGAUCCAAGCGUGCCGCAGCCUGGCGCUCUCAACAUGGCUGCUGUCCUUUUGUUUCGUGCAUCUGCUGUGCCUGGACUUCACCGUGGCCGAGAAGGAGGAGUGGUACACGGCCUUCGUCAACAUCACCUACGCCGACCCCGCGGCCGGCAGCGCCGAGCUCCGCAGCGAGAAGAGCGAGUGCGGGCGCUACGGCGAGCAGUCGCCCAAGCAGGACGCCCGCGGGCAGGUGGCCCUCUCCGCCUCGCCCGCCGACCGCUACGCCUGCGACCCCGGCACCCGCUUCAACGCCCCGGCGCCGGGCAAGAGCUGGGUGGCCCUCAUUCCGCGGGGAAACUGCACCUACAAGGACAAGAUCCGCCACGCCGCCGCCCAGAACGCCUCCGCCGUGGUCAUCUACAACGUGGGCUCCAGCAACGCCAACGAGACCAUCACCAUGCCCCACGCAGGCCUAGAAGAUGUUGUAGCAAUAAUGAUUCCUGAACCCAAAGGAAAAGAGAUAGUGAGCCUCUUGGAGAGGAACAUUACUGUGAUGAUGUACAUAACCAUCGGGACACGCAACUUGCAGAAGUACGUCAGCCGGACCUCCGUGGUGUUUGUCUCCAUCUCCUUCAUCGUGCUGAUGAUCAUCUCGCUGGCGUGGCUGGUCUUCUAUUACAUCCAGCGAUUCCGCUACGCCAAUGCCAGAGACAGAAAUCAGCGCCGUCUUGGAGAUGCUGCAAAGAAGGCAAUCAGCAAGCUGCAAGUCAGAACAAUCAGGAAAGGUGACAAGGAAACUGAGCCAGACUUUGAUAACUGUGCUGUUUGUAUUGAAGGCUACAAGCCCAAUGAUGUUGUGAGAAUUUUGCCUUGCAGGCAUCUGUUCCACAAGUCGUGUGUAGACCCCUGGCUGCUAGACCAUCGUACCUGCCCAAUGUGUAAAAUGAAUAUUCUAAAAGCUCUAGGGAUCCCGCCAAACGCAGAUUGCAUGGAUGAUAUACCUCCAGACUUGGAAGCAUCCAUAGGAGGACCACCAACCAAUCAGAUCACGGGAGCCAGCGAUAUAACAGUGAACGAGAGCUCCGUAGCCCUGGAUGCCCCGGUGCGGACUGUGGGAGUUCUACAAGUCAUCCAAGAUAUAGACUCCUUUCCCCAGGCCGGGGAGGGUAACUUCACAACAAGCAAUGAACAGGAGCCAGCAGUCAGCAGUGAUUCAGAUAUUUCAUUGAUUAUGGCAAUGGAAGUUGGACUGUCCGAUGUGGAGCUUUCCACUGAUCAAGACUGCGAAGAGGUGAAGUCUUGAAAAAUAAACAGAGAUCCAACACUAAACUACAGGGGAGGGUCACAGGGAGGGACCGAGACAGCUUUCUAGGAUUUGGACCAGUCAUGUACAUGCCUCCAGAGCACUGUUACUCCUGCACACUCCAUUCUGAGAUGGUCACGAAAAGCAAUAGCAACAGUUGUGUCUGCCUGGAUGCAGUUUCAUCAUCUACAUACGUUCAUUUUGUUCACAUGGGAGAGGAAAGCUUCCAGUUUACCCACAUGCUUGAGAGCAGUCGUGUAGCUCUUCAGUGGCUCAUAAAUACGUAACUGAAACGACAGCUUGAGUGUUUUCUACACUUGUUUGAUCAAGGUGUUGGGUUUUUUUAAAGACAUAUGUUUGUUUUGUUUGUUUGUUAAUAGUUUGUUAUGGAUGGACACUGUUUUUGCUGACUGACCCCAGCUUUUUCAAGAGUUCAAUCCAGAAAUCUGAAUUCCCGUUCACUGGUCACUUCAUAGUCUGACUCCAGGAUAUAUCAUUGCCUUGUUGUUUCUGCAUGUAAUACACAUGGCUUGAGAAGGAUGGUGUACCAGCACCCUGCAUUAACGUGAACCCUGCUUUCAUGAAGUGGAAGCUUUGGAAAUGGUGUAUUCUGAAGGCCUUUAUUUGUAAGGGAGUCUGAAUUAACAGAGAAUGCUGAGAUUUGGGUUAAAACUGCAUUAUGUUGGUUUUUACUUAGAGUUCUGUUCUAGACAAGUAUUGCACAGUGUGAAGGAGAGAAAGAACAGCUUACAGCUUCACGCCGUCCAUGUAGCCCCUUGCUAUAUUUUAUGCUGUUAGCAGCUGUACAUUGAUGGCCUGCCUUCAAAUCACCUCAGUAGCUGGGAAAGAGGAUCUAGUGUAACAUUGUCUCUUUUCUUACUUUUACAGACCAAGGUCUGACCAGUAGGCUAAAAGCAGUGCCUGAAAGGUUUCCAGAGGCUGCCUGUUAGCAGCUGUGCAUCAGGUGCACGAGAAGAAUAUUCUUAGAAAGGGUCUGCAGAUGCUGAUAUCCGUGUCAGAAAUCGCUGACAAAGAAGGAGGCAGCUGGUGGAAGUGUUUACUUCCUGGUUUCUUUGGGGUUUUUUUCUUAGUGUGUUUCACUUCUUAACUUUCGAAAGCAGUUUUUGUUAUCAAACACAAGAAUUCCAGUGGUUGGUUGCCCUCCGGAGUCCCUGUCAACAUUGUUGCAAGCGUGAUGAAAUACUUGCAAUUUGUUGAUAGAUAGAUAGAUACCUAUACACUACAAUAUUUUGGGUAGAGGGGAGUUUUGAAGACAAACAGAGCUAACAUAAAUCAAAACACCUAAAUAAUAAUAAUGACCUGUGAUGGUUAUUUAGUUGAUCCUGAGCUCUGUUUUAUAGGGAAAAGUUUAUCAUUACUUGUUCAGUGUACAACUUCCUUUUUCAGUCAAAAUACUCAACUGUGAAGAAGCAUUUUUAGCUUACUGUUAUACAAGAAUAAAUGGUUUCUGUUGACAGUCAGAUGAUUUUAAUCACAUUACUGCCUCCUGAGUAAGUCUACAGAAUCAACAGUUUAUCUUACAUCAAAAUUUCUUGGAGAGGUCAAAUAUUUUGACUUGAUGGUGUCAUGGCAGCAUGUCAAAAAGCAACUGUAGGGUUCUUGCUGCAUUUAUUCUCCUUGCAGAUAUACUUGUUAGAUGGAGAAACCAGCUUCAAACCAAAAUUCGAUUUGUCAGAUCUUAUGUUUAGAACUAUCCUUAACAUUUUGGCUGACUUGCUUCUUUCGUACAGGAAGAAGGAAAAAUUAUACUCCAUGUUUAUUGGUCCAGUUAGAACUCAGUUAAUUUUAUAGAAUGGGUUUUUUUAUGUUCUUAGUCCCUAAAUUGCAGGGUAACUUUGAGGCAAAGGAUCACAGCCUCAUCAUGCUUUAAAACCAUGAUCUAGAAGUAUGCUGUUACAUUUUUAUAAGCCAUUUGAAAGGAUAUCUCUUUUUAAUUAAAGAGAUACCAGCAGCUGGAAAUGUGCUUGGUUUAAAAGGAAAAGUUAGAGGUUGUUCCAGAGGGCACAGCUAGGUCAGCCUUGCCAGUGUUUGUGGUUCUAUAAUAGUAUUUUCCUUAUUCUUUAAUGUCUUCUUUAUUCCUUGCUGCUACAGGAAAGGCCCAAAACAUCAGAGGAGCUGAUGCUGAAGUUCACUUAUACACAAGACAGUUUGCACGAGGUACCACAUCAGCUCCACUAAAACUCUGGAAAUAAUGCUGAAGUGGGAUUUAAGUGGUGCUUACACCAAAUACUGGCCCUCCACACAAGAAUGAAAUUAAUCUCAAAUUACUGCAGGGGAAAGACUGAAGCUGGUUAUGGACGGUUCUCCCUAUGGGAAGUACACACACUGGUACAAUUUCUUCUCUAGCGCUGGAGCCUGGGUGCUCCAUGUUACAGGAACAUCACAAGCACAAGGUCUGAAUUGUCAGUGAUCCUUCAACACCUGCCCAGUGCAGCCACAGGCAAAAGUCUCCUGGCCGAAUUGUUUGGGUUUCAAAGGAGCUGUUGCAAAGUUUUCAUUUUAUUUCACACACUUAGUUAAGUGAAUCUCAGUGGAAAGACUGACCAAUUAGCUGUUGUCAUAGGGGACUCACCCACAGCACAGCAGAGCAAGCAGGGUCUUUGGAGGAGUGAUGCAAGAGGUGAAGCUCCCAGCUGAUAAUGGAGGAGGUCCUUUGCCCAGAAAAAUUAUUACAGGGAGCUGUACUCAAAGGGGCAUCACACAGAUGGUAACUGAGACCCUGCCCUUAUUUCUAGGAAUCAAUGAAGGAUUUCAGAGAGGGAUCACACUGUGCAUGCUCUUUUCCUAAGUAUUUCAUACUAUAUGUGGUGCCUUGGGUCCAUGAGUGGCCACUGGCAGAGGCAGGGUGAGAUAUUUUUAUGUAUCAUACUGUGGUCUUUCACAAGGUGUCCUAGCAAAUCCAGGUCAGGAGUCUUUCUUUUUUAUGCUUUUAUAUACUUAAUAUGCUUUUGUUUUUCCAGUUCUACCUGCAGUUUCACUCAGGAAAGAUGUUUUUCCGUCCCUAUCCUUAGGUGUUCUACAGCUCUGAACACUGUUAAGUGAUAAUGAGUACAAUGCCAGGUUACAGGUCACUGAAGCCAGAACUUAGGAAAGCACUUAAGUAAAUGUUUUAUUCCGUCCUUCUUCAGAAGAGCACUUAUGCCUAAUUUUGGACUUGUACCAAAAUCCCAUUAUUUUCAACAGGUCUUCUAUGAACAUAAUUAAGCCCCUGUGUCAAAUGGAAAUGUUUUCCUAAAGCAGGACCUGGCUGACAAUACUCUUUGUAUAUAUAACUUGUGAAAUGCCUUGGGAAUUUGAGGUGCUUCAUAAAUAUUAAGACCACCAGAUGUGUGUUUGUAAUAGGUAUGAAAGCCUUAACUCUGCAGAUCUGCACGCCCAGACACCAGAGACACAGCACUGCCUGUCCAGAAGGGACAGCAGCCUUUAGCAUGCAGACAGGAAAGAAAACAAAACAACAAAAUCCUCUGGUGCCCUCUGAUGAACAAGUGUUCUUGCACAGAAUUCUGCAGGCUCACACCAUCCAUGGCUGCCCACUCGUGACACAGCACGGGUGGUAGGGCAGAGGGGCACCUCCUGUGCAGGGCUGGGGGACACUGCAGCUCUCUGAGAAAGGCACUUUGUCAUUAAGCUGAUCUUGUGUUUCUCUGAGCUCUUUCUGUCCUGUCACAUGAGGCUCUUUUCCGUGAGGUGGGAGAAGCAUUUACCUUAGAGAGGCUCAUCUCCACCUGGGCUGCGCUGCAGGAUGGAACCUGUGACAGAGAGGGACUGCGCUCUGAGUAUCCUUUGAUUUUCAUGGAUUUCACUAACCUGCCGUCCCAAAGGCCUGCUCAAUAGGUAGGAUGCAUAAAAAGUUAAAUGGGCAGAAUUUUGCAAUCAAAAAUGAUGUAAUGUGUGUGCAAAUGUGCAAGACACCAGCUCUGCAUCCCUUCCCCAUGUUGACCCAUUCUGGUGGAGAUACAGAUCUGGCACUUGCUGAGGUUUUUGAAUUGUUUUUUUUAUUUUCUGAAUGCUUCAGAGCCUAAAAACCAAGAUCAGGACAAUCAUAGCACUGCAGUUAAUUCUUUAAGCAUUCUGUGGAAUUAAAUUGCCAUGUAUGCAUAUAAAAGUACAUUGAUAUGACAGUGAAAACUGUAUUGUAUUGAAAACAGAAACAGCUGCCAGUUUUAGACUUUGUAGAUGAGGAAGAUUGUGGCACUAAAGAAAAAGGCUUUAUAGAGGCAAUUUGGAAAAAAUAAAACAUUAUUGAAAUCUCAUAUUAUAAGAGAUCCCUUGGAUCUCACUAAUGACCCCUGGAUCAGAUCCAGAGGAAGUCAUUGCAAAAAUGGUAGCACUUCAUCUCUUGUCAAAUGACUUGUUUGGGAUACAUUCUUACUUGGUUAACAAACCCAAGCACCAGAGACAGAUCCAGCUGUGAAUUUAAUCUUUCUUAAAGAAUAUGUGUUUUGUGACCCAAAGAUUUUAUUGUCAAACCUAUCAACCCACCCUCAUUUCCCCCUUGCUAAAUAAAAAUAAAUGCUUGUCCAAUUUGAAAAAUGUCUCAGAAGACCUUUGCAUAUGGAUGGGUUGCCCUGGCAGGGAUCUGCACAACAUUUAAUACUUCUAUGUACUUUUAAUCAUCAGUACAACUUACUUACAGAUUUUUUCCAUAAAGUGUGUUUUAUUUGCUGUUCUUGUUAAACCUGGAAUGCAGUCAUUGUAUAGACUUCCCAGAGUUUUGCCUUGCAGACUUCUCCCUUUGAAUAUGUUCCACAGCCCUUUGAGUGGAUUCUGUGAUUAAAAGACAAAGAUUGGGGCACAAGUCUUUACACAUAAACCUCUGGACUGGAAGUCCUCCUUGUGACAAUUGGUCUGUACUGAAAUGACAAUAGAGGUUAUGUGUAACAGUGGGAAAUGCCUUUCAGCCCAGGCAGCUGGGAGACUCCCAGGGUUUGUAAGAGGCUCGUUCCUUUGUGGUCUCUGUCCAUAGAAGAGCUCAUGAUGAAGCGUAUGGUUUGAAAUAAAGAAUAGGAAUUUAAAGUCUGUGCAAACCAAGAAAACCAAUUUAUCUCUAUUCAUUAGCAAUAAUGGACUUUUUUUUAACCAUUUGUUAUUCUCAUAGAUCCUUGUUGUAGGAUCAAAGUUACCAGUCAGUUAGGAAUAUGGGCCAGGACAAGCUGACUCUCUGAACAGAAGUGGGUGGGCUCCUUUUGCCUUUGGGAUGCUUACAAUUCACAGGAGUGAAAUGGCAGAGAAAUCCAGCCCCUCUCACAAACAUCUGCUCCAGUGUGAGCCUUUGCUGCAGGGGAAGGAAACGGUGGUAUCAAACUAAGGACUAAGGCUGUGCUGCUGCCUCUCUUGCAUUUUUUGCUGCCUGUAUCUCUUGUGGCAGGUCGGGCUGCUCUGGUUCCACACAGGGGAACAGAGCCAGCCCGUGUUGGGCUGAGAGGCUUAGUGAAAGAUGGUCCCCGGGGUUUCAGCAGAUUUGGGGCAGCCGAGUUUCUUCCUAACAAGUGCUGACCAGGAUUGCUGCUUCACUGAAGGACACUGAGUGUUGACUGCUUUGUUUUAUAGAUGCAAAAUGUGUGAGCUUAUACAGGGCAACCAGUGACAGAAAUGAAUCUGCUUGGUGAAUGCCAGUGGUGAAAAACAAUGUCAAUGACAUAUUUUGGGGGGAGGGAGAAGGGGGGUGGACAUGUUCUUUUAGCAGGCUUUAUAAAUAGGGACAAUUGAUCCAACACAAGCACUUCUUUUUAUUUUACCAAGCUGUUACCUGAACUAAUUGAUAGUUUUGCAGCUCAAUGAGGAACGCCAGAUGGACUUUCUAGUCUGGAUUUGUUUGCGUAGCAGAUGGCAGCUGUGGGCUGGGAUGGUGAGCGAGGGAGAGCGCUGCCCUCUGCUGCACAGCUUCCCUGGCGGGCUGGAAACCUGCUCUGCUCCCUUUCUUUUCCUUGGCACUUUUCAAGGGGAAAAAACCUUCUGAGCAGGAGCUGUAUUUCAAAGGGAGAAAGAGAGAAGGAAGAUGAAUGAAAGAUUUUGUGGAUUUUGAAUGAAAAGGCAAGGAAUGGAUUUUCCAUCUGAAAUUCAUCUUGCUUCUCUCAACUAUUUAAUUGUGAAUUGGUGGAAGUUAUUUCUUCCUGGAGUGAAUGCAACCAAAAAAAAAAAAAAUUGAGCGAGAAGGAAAGAAAUACCAUUUUCCCUUUUUUGUUUGUUUCCCAAUUCUUCGGUCCUGUGUAGCAGUAAAAACAAUAGCAAGAUCAAGAUGCUUGUUUGCUCUGAAUGUAUACAGCUAUUUCAGAUGUCAAAUCUCUAAAUGUUUUGUAUGUGUAUGUAAAACCAUCCUUACUUCUUGUUUCAUGUUAGGAACCUGAAAUGACUGUACCAUUUUAUAAUUAGAAAUGUAAAGAGGGGACAGUGGGUGGGAGGGUCUGUUAUUUUUCUAGCAAGAUGUUCCUUGUAUUUAGUGAACAUUUAAAAUGGUUUUGUACAUGUCAAAGUAUACAUUCCAUCCAUUUCCAGAAGAGAAUUAUUUUUAUUUAGAGUAGUUUAUAAGCAAGCCAAAAAAAACAUGGUGUCCCAUUUGUACAUAGUUCAUCAACAGAGCAGAAGUAUCCUGAUUUCCAGUGAUGGCACCAAAGCUUUUCCAGCUGCGUCUCUUCUCACACGCUGCAGAGAACUACCAGCAAAUGGCAAUGCUAAAAAGGGAAGAAAAAUCCCAAAUGAAAUAAAUACUGUAUGGAUCAAUGCACAGCUUACCAAAAUAAAUCCCAGUUGGGACAUAAUGGACUGUCUCAGUGAAAUUCUCCAAGGUGAUCAGUCCUGCUCUGGCGAGCAGGAGUGGAUGUACCAGGAGGACUUCAGCCCUGCCUCUCCCCUGCCCACAGGGCUGCCAGCCCAGGCAACCUGGGGGGUGACAGGGCUGUCACACACACAUGCUGUGCCCCCCUCUGGGUGGGGGCCAGUUUCUGACUGAAGUUUUGCUGUUAUGGCAGCCAGUUUCUGCAGGCUGGCCACAUCCUGUUGCUUUUGACCAUGGAAACUGUCCAUCUCCAUGUUAAAAAAAACGGUUCCUUUCUCCAGACAGCUGUGCUUGGCUUGUGAAUCACCUAGCAAAAGAUUGUGGCAGAAUCACACAGUGGCAUUUGCACAGGCAGUUCUUUUUCUCAUCCUUAGCUUUUUUCUCCCCUCUGCUACCUGUGACUUGCUGCCAAAACAGUGCAGUAGCAGUUUGCAAAGCCAGCCUUUUUUUCUAGCAUUACUUUCUGUACAGUAUUGCAAAUACACUUUAACUCUUUGCUGAUAUUUUAUAACCUAUACGUUUUCCCCUCCAAUGCACUUUAUCUCUCUUGAAAAUUGUGGGAGUCAGAGAGCUACCAUCUUAAAGGGAUUUGCCUGAAAUCAUGAGGCACACACUUCUAGGUUUUUUUUACUUCUUGCUUUGUUAUAUACUGUAAAUGCUAAAGAGCAUGGACAGUGACUCAGCUGGGGGAAGUACUGAAAUGUUGAGGCUAAUAUUUGGAAGCAUUAUUCAGUAGUACAACACGGCUAUUUUUGUUAUAUAGAGGAUUAUAAUGUAAAUAUGUGAGACUGUGUUAUUAUGUACUAGUAAAAUAUUGCAACUCUCAAAGUUAAGAUGGUGAAUUCCAAGGAAUUUUAUUGCAAGUUUUUUUAAUAAAAUGAAUCUGAUUACUGUGUCUUACAUAUUUUCUAA